GUAGUUAAUGGUGUCUGUCUGUGUACCUCCCCUACUAUUGUUCUAAGCCUUAUCAUGAAAUGAGAAACGUAUAAUGAUUCAAAAUACCCAACACAAUUUCAAACGCUGCUCCAUUUGCCUCUUUUUCUCUUCUUAAUUCCCCUUCUCCUCUCACACACUGCCACCAUAACACAAUUAACCACCAACACUCACUCUGCUAUAGUACCUUGCCUACCUUCUUGUUUUCUUCACUUCACUUUUUCUUUUGGAAAAAAUACACAAUUACUGGUAUAUGCACUACACCAUGAAUGACCACAUGGCCUUUCAGCUUCACCCUUCUUUGCAAGAUGAAGACUUUGAAAAUGAUAUUGGUGAUCAUCAUCAUGAUCAUGAUCACCAUCUGCAUCCCCACAACUUGUCCAGGCUUUCUGUUUGUACCAGCAGCACAGUGUGUGGUGCUGAUGAUGAUGAUAAUUUUGAUGAUGCUUUGGCUGUGGACUUGUCAGGUAUGUCAAUUGAGAGUUUGGAAGGGGAAGGUGAUGAUGCUGAUGGGGAGUUUUCUUCUGAUGGCUCUGACUCUGAAAAUGAGUUGAGUGGUUUCUGUUAUCAUUUGAAUCAGACUGUGAAGGACUCUGCUAGUGACAAUGAGGGACAAAAAACAAAGAAAAGGAGAAUCAGAAAGGAGACAUGCAUGUGGAACAGUUCAGAGAAAAAUAGGAGCAAUAUUGAUGAGAAAGAGGAAGAGGAGCAUGUGGUUAAGGGAAUGCGUCGGGAAAGUGAUCGAAAUGGGAGCACAUGGGUGAUAACUAGGCCUAAAGGUGGUAGGAGAUCACUAUGCAUGGAUUUGGAGGAAGUGAAGGCUUGUAAAGAUCUUGGCUUUGAAUUGGAAGUGCCUUCUCGUCUUUCUGUUUCACUCUCCAAUUCCACACUUGACACUAGCAGUGGUGGUUCUUCACCCAUCACCAAUUGGCGCAUCUCUAGUCCUGGUGAUGAUCCAAAAGAUGUGAAGGCUCGGCUAAAAAUGUGGGCACAUGUGGUUGCAGCAUCUGCAUCCAAAUACUGCACAUGACUUGAGUGCUAAUUUUGUCUCAAAAGUCCAUUGCUUUUCCAUGGAGGCUGUAAAUACAUAAUGGUAAUUGUGUGAUUAUCUUGUGAGAAGUUUUGGCAGUAUAUACUAGCUUUCUUUGCUAA